AAUUUAAUUUUGCCAUUCACCUUGUUCUAUUAGUGGUAUCAGAGCCCUAAUCUCUAACGAGUUCUAUUCCAUUCACCAUGGCUGACCACUCACCCCCAAACUCAUCGUCAUCGAGCACUUCAUCAAGCACCUCAUCAAACAACAGGAAAACCGAUACCCUUGUCGUCACAUCCUCUCAAGAACCCAAUUCCAACAAAAAAUUAUUGUCACAUUCAAUCCAACUCAAUUUCCACUAAAACUCACACCUAACAAUUAUCUCACUUGGAAGGAGCAAAUCACUUCCCUGAUGACCACCUACAGAUUACUUGAUUUUCUUGAGGGUACAAAACCAUGCCCUGCGGUUCCAGCAUUGGCAGAACAAAUUCCAGACUCCCCGUUUGACACAUGGGUAAAACAAGAUCAAGCCUUGCGCCAUGCCCUGAUUACUACUGUGUCAGACUCGAUUCCUCCACGAAUUGCCACGAUCGUCUUCACAACCUCCAAGGUGAAGGGAAAACAAUGACUGAAUACUUGGACCACGUCAAGAUGAUUGCUGAUGAGUUGAAGAACAUACGCCAACUGGUUUCAGAUGAGGAAUUGUCCAUUCACGUCAUGAACAGCCUUGGUCUUAAGUUUCGGGAGUUUUGCACCUCCAUUCGAGCUCGAUAUGGUUCAUCACAGCAGCCCACUUCUCAUUCAUGGAAUAAGCCCAACAAAUAUUAUAAUCAGCCUAGGCAGCAAUUUAAUAGAAGGAAGAAUGGAAAUUGGAGGCCCAACAAUGCCAUAAAUUUCAAUUCUCAAUUGUGCAAUCAACCUGGACACUUUGCAAACAACUGUCCAUAUUUGCAUGUGCAAGCACAAGCACUGAUGGCAAAUUAUGCUUCUUCCAGUGGACUUUCUCACAACAAAUGGUUGAUUGAUUCUGGUGCCAAUAAUCACAUAACAAAUGAUCUUACAAACCUUGCCUUACACUCUGAGUAUGAUGGAUCUGAGGAACUCCAAAUUGGCGAUGGUUCAGGCCUAGAGAUUACACACAUAGGUGAGGGAUCGUCGCACGAGGGCAAUUCUGCUUCGAGGGCCAAACAAACAGGGAGUUUACCAAAUUCCCGAAAAGGGAAAUUCUAAAUCUCCUUCCAUGGCAUUUGUUGGUGAACGUGCCUCAGCAUUAAAUUGGCAUUCACCACUUGGGCAUCCUUCUUCUAAAAUUUUAUAAUUAGUUCUUCGUAGUUUUCAUUUACCUAGUUUUAAUAAAUCUAGUUUUGAGUCUUGUGAGUCAUGCUUGUGCUCUAAAAGUCACAAACAACCUUUUGGUAAUUCUUCUAUUCAAAGUCAUGCCCCUCUUGAUGUUAUUUUUUCGGAUGUUUAGGGUCUUGCCCCAGUUUCUUCAAUUGAUGGCAAUAAAUAUUUUGUGCUUUU